CACUCAAGAAGGCAAUCACCUUCAGUGUAUCUCUCCAUCACACAAAAUUCUCAUCAAUUUUCCACCCCAUUAAAAAUCAUACCCCUGAAACAAAAACAAAUUCUCAGCAACAAGAUCUCUCUCUCUCAUCAUCACCAAGAAACAGAGGAGGGAGUAAUUUAAGUGAUGGCAUUGGCUUUUAGAGCCACAGCAGCCAUCAGAAUCAGACCCCCUCCCCAGUCCAAACCCAAACCCAAACCCAAUAAGCAUUCUCUUCUUCUUCCUCCUCCUCCUCCUCCUCCUCCUCAAAAUAAUGAGCAACACUCCUUGGUCUCUUCAACAUCUACAACUGCUAUCUCUUUUCUUGCUCUCUUAUCCAUUCCCAACGGAUUCUGUGAAGCUAAGGCCUUUGCCUUCUCCAAGGAGGACAUCGUCUCCUCUCUCACAAAGGUUGAAGACACCAUAGACCAAGUAGGGGGUGCUGGCUCAAAGGCUUUGGACUUCUCCCAGCAAGUAAUUAAGGUGUUGGGUGAUACACUGAAGCCAGCAGUUGAUGUGGCUGUGCCCAUGCUUCAGAGCGCAGGUGAAGAAGCGCUGAAGAUUGCGUCGCCUGUUGUUUCCGAUGCUUCGAAACAAGCCAAGGAGGCUCUUCAGAGUGCUGGAGUUGAUCCUAGCCCUGUUCUCUCUGCUGCGAAAACAUUUGUGCAGCAGACACCAAAAGUGAUCGAAGGGGCUAAGCCAAUUGCUUCAGCAACAGUCAAAACAAUUACUUCAUCAGAUCCUUCAGUGAUUGUUGUAUCAGCUGGAGCAUUAUUCGUUGCUUACCUUCUCCUUCCAUCAGUAUGGUCUGCAAUUACUUUCAACUUUCGUGGUUAUAAAGGUAAUCUCAGUCCUGCUCAGACUCUUGACCUAAUUUCCACGCAAAACUACAUUAUGAUUGACAUAAGAUCAGAAAAGGAAAAGAACAAGGCAGGAAUUCCUCGCCUCCCAUCUGGUGCUAAGAACAAGAUGAUCGCAGUGCCUGUGGAGGAGCUCCCUAGCAAGAUCAAAGGCCUAGUAAGAAACACAAAGAGAGCAGAAGCAGAAAUCACAGCGUUGAAGAUUUCCUACCUCAAAAGAGUCAACAAAAGCUCUAACAUCGUGAUACUAGACUCGUACUCAGAUAUAUCUAAAAUCGUUGCAAAAUCACUCACCAGUCUCGGCUUCAAGAACUGCUGGAUCGUCACUGACGGGUUCUCUGGAGGACGAGGAUGGCUACAGAGCCGACUUGGAGUAGACACUUACAAUGUGUCACUUGCAGAAGUUCUUUCUCCUUCAAGAAUUAUACCUGCUCGGUUUGGUACCACGAGCUCUACUGCUCUGCAGCCAUCAAGAGAGCUUCUUCCAGGGGAGUGAAAAUGAAGUUGAAGUUGUAGUUUAUUUGUUUUGUUUCUUGCACAUGGAAUUAAAAUUUGUUUUGCUCUUUUGUGUGAUCCAGAGGCUUGUGUAUGUUCUGAUGUUAUUCUUGUUAAUAUUUACAAGAUUUGGUUUUGUUAUGUUU